AUGAGGAGGUGCGCCGCCAAGCUGGCCGACUGCAAGGACGCGUGCCAGAACUUCGAGGCUGAUCCCUCCACCUGCCUGACCUGCAUCGGCGACGGUGCCGACGCUUGCUGCCCGUGCUUCCAGAAGGUCUUCGGCCCCAGUUUCCCCUGUGACCAGCCCACCGCCUCCAGCGCCCCUUCCAGUGCCCCCUCCACCCGUAAGGCGUAG